CAUAACUUUGUCAGUCCGUCUCUCUCCGUUGUUCUCUAUUUCUGUUCUAUUCUCCUAAACACCUCUCUCAACUCGCCCUUCAUUUCUGUUCAGAUUCCACAUAUUCUUGUGUCAAUUUCACGUAAUACGAAAUAGUAGAAGAAGAUGUUGCAAGAUAUGUGGAAUGCACCCCCUGGUUUCAGACCCACCAAAUCGGCGCCAUCUUCUCCGGCCAAACCCCUUGGUGUCUCAAGAACUCGUUCCGAAUCCUUUCACGUUGCCCACAAAGUUCCCAUCGGGGACAGCCCUUAUGUCCGAGCGAAAAAUGUUCAAUUGGUCGAAAAGGAUCCGGAAAGGGCAAUUCCAUUGUUUUGGGCAGCAAUAAAUGCAGGAGACAGAGUGGAUAGUGCUCUUAAAGAUAUGGCAAUUGUAAUGAAGCAACAAAAUAGGGCUGAAGAAGCCAUUGAAGCUGUUAAAUCUUUGAGAAGUAGGUGUUCAGAUCAAGCACAGGAAGCUCUUGACAAUAUCCUGUUAGACCUAUAUAAGAGAUGUGGAAGAUUGGAUGACCAAAUAGUCCUCUUGAGGCACAAAUUGUUUUUGAUACAACAAGGUUUGGCCUUUAAUGGGAAGCGCACGAAAACGGCCAGAUCCCAGGGGAAGAAGUUUCAGGUUUCUGUGGAGCAAGAAGCAACUAGAUUAUUGGGGAAUUUAGGGUGGGCACUGAUGCAACAAAAUAACUACAUUGAAGCAGAGGAUGCUUAUCGUAGGGCACUAGUGAUUGCACCAGACAACAACAAGAUGUGCAAUUUGGGUAUUUGCUUGAUGAAACAAGGGAGAGUUGGCGAGGCGAAAGAGACACUUCGGAGAGUUAAACCAGCAGUGGUAGACGGGCCCAGAGGUGUAGAUUCGCAUCUCAAGGCCUACGAGAGAGCACAACAAAUGCUCCGAGACCUCGAGUCUGAAAUGAUGAAUAAAAGUGAUGAUAGAAUUGAACAAAGUAAGCUGUUUGAUGCCUUCUUGGGCUCUUCUGCUAUCUGGCAGCCUCAGCCUUGCAAGGAACAUAAUAGUACUAGCACUUUGAGUAAUAGUACCAAGUCAUGCCGCCAGCCUCAAGAUGAAUUUGCUAAUGAGAACAUCAAUUCUACUAACAUCAUCACUGACAAGACAGGUCCUUCUCUGCAAAAGAGUACGCUGAAGCCAAAUAUUUCAUAUGGGAACCUACUCAAUAUCGACGCUCCCCCAUUUUAUUCAUCCAAGAUUAUUAAGGAACCAGCAAAUGCCCCUUUUCCAGAAAGUCUUAAGAGAACAAGAUCUGGAAAUGCAUCUCACUUAAUGAGAACAAUUGCUGAACCAGAGAAUAAGAUGAGAAAGCAGUCGAUUUCACCAGAGAAAUCAGACGAUAGAUGGGCAGGUUUGCUGCCAGAUAGCAAGGAUUUUGAAGAUGCUAUAAUUGCUGCUGCUCUGGGCUCAACUCAGGAACGAUUCAAGUUGGAAGGAAGUAAAGAUACUGGAAUCGUUCCGAGGAAAGUUGACAAAAGAUUGAGGGUUUUUCAAGACAUUACCUUGUCUAUGAUUCCACGAGCCUGAUUAAUUUUAUCUUUUAACUAUGAUUAGUAAUCUAAUUGCAUUUUUAAAUUACGGUAACAUCAUUGAUUUUUAACAUCACCGGAGAUAAACUUGUUCUCCUUUACUUCCUCAAGGAGGUCGGUCUGAUGUCGUAGUGUAACACAUUAUCUUUAGGCAGCGUAUAAUUAUUGAGAA